UAGGUAGAUCGCCCCGACUAUAAAUGGGCGGAGGAGUCAUUGUCGAGGAAUGUGCAGCAUAACUCAGAAGCCAUUUUGUGAUGAUAUCCCUUGUUGAGAAAGCCUGUGAGGAUGCUGAAACCAGCGAACAUGGUUUACAUUCCUGUUUGUUUCUCCCUCCGUCUCCUCUAUUUUCACCGUGGCAGCUGUCAACCGACUGGACAUUAGCAAAGCGGGGUGUCGAGCUGUGCUCACAGGGUUAAAACGCCACUGAAAAUGAAAGAGGAGAGUGUCUGUUUACUGUCUCUGUCGAGACAUGUAACACCGUGAGUCUUUUCCAGUCUGAAAUCUUCCAGCAUCUCUCACAAACCAACCGUCUCCUUUCAGUGACCGUGUUAUAAUUCACUCUCGUUACCGGGGGAGAAGGAGAAGCAGAUCCGUUAUUUAUUAUUAUUAUUAUUUUUUCUUUCUCUUUCUCUCCAAAUGGCUUCUGUGAGCCUUGUUUCCAGUCCCCAAACCCCUGUUCUUGACAAAAACAUGACAGACUCUGAGCUUGCAGGGGAUGAAAGGGAGGAUGGUGAACUGGAAGAUGGAGAAAUAGACGAUGAGGGAAUUGAGAUUGAGGAGGAGAACAAAGAGGCUGCUGAAGUAAAGGAUGACAACGAGAAAGAAAAAGAGAAAAACAAAGAGAAAGAGGAAAAGGCACGAAGACACGCAAGAAAAAGAUACAAAAAGACCAGAGAGAAAAGGAAGUCCAAAAGGAGGAAACGUGAAAGGCAAAGACAUCAUUCCCCCUCCAGCAGCUCUAGCUCCGACAGCUACGACUCGGACUACGACCGAUCAGAAAGGCCCAAAAGCAGGAAGGGCCAAGGCUACAGCCGCGACUCUGACAACCAGCCCUCUCAACAUUCAAAGGGACUCCAUGGCAACUCGAAGAAGUCAUCCCCGCAAAAGAGCAGCGAUUUUGAUAAAUACAGCGACGAUUACAGCGAUGAUAAGUAUGACUACGAUGAGGAAGAGGAGGAUUAUGAAGACGACAUGUCGGAGUACCAGCAGUCUAAAGAUGGGAGUCAAGGGAAGGGACGCUACUCAAAGGAUCAGAUGAGCAGAGGAAGCUUGAGAGGGAUGAAGCAACAGCAGUUCGGACAGAGAGGAAGGGGCAGAGGGAGCGGACCAGGAAGAGGGCGAGGGAUGCUCCUGAAAAACAAGAAACUGAAGGGCAAACCGUGGGGAGGGCGCGGGCGUGGCCGGGGAGGAGACCAGGGAAUGGAAGACAUGGGACCAGAGGGAAAAAUCUCCUCUGGCUUUCAGAAGAAGCGACCAAUCAUGAGCAAGGAGUUCAUCAGUCAGCAUACGGUUGAGCACAACGGUAGAUACAUCUGCAAGUACUUCCUUGAGGGUCGCUGCAUCAAGGGGGAACAGUGCAAAUUUGAACAUGAGCUGGUUGUGCCUGAUAAGAAAAAGGAACUCUGUAAGUUUUACCUGCAAGGAUACUGCAGCAAAGGAGAUCACUGCAUUUACAUGCACAAUGAAUACCCCUGCAAGUUCUUUCACACAGGAGCCAAAUGUUAUCAAGGAGAGAACUGCAAAUUUUCCCAUGAUGCUUUGAAUGAUGUCACAAAAGAGCUGCUUGAUAAGAUAAUUAACACGGAAGAGGAGAACGCCCGGGAGGAUGAGUUGGAACUGGAAGAUCUGAGAAAGCAGGGUAUCGCCCCACUACCAAAGCCCCCUCCUGGAGUGGGGUUGCUGCCCACCCCGGGUCAGAGCAGUCCAACAGAUGGGGCAUCUGGUCAGGGUGGAAAGAAGAUUCCCUCUCUGUUUGAAAUCAAGGUUCAUCCCACUGUGGACUUGGCACAAAAAAUUGCUUUGAGCGGCUCCAACUUCUCCCAGAAUCAGGCGGAUGGGUCCGAGGACACUGCUGCGGCUGCGGCUCCGGUACCAGCAGCUGAAUCAGCUGUUCCUAUAGGUCUCCCCACGGGGCCAACGAUGCCUCAGAGUCCCCCAGGAAUGCUUCCCCCUCACGGAUUUCCAAUGCAACCACCGCCCCUCUCUGGCCAGCCCCCACCGUUUCAUGGAGCCAGUAUAAACCAGCAGAUGAAUAUGCAGAAGCCUCCGUUCCCACCAGACAUACAGAUGCUACAGAACAUGUUAUCCUUCUCGUCGUUUGGUCAGAACCCAGUGGAUUUAUUAGGCAGCUUCUUUCAAAACCAAGCCGUCGGUCAGCAGGAAGUGGAACCUGGUCAGGCCUUCAUACAGAACCUUCAGCAGCUGAUGGGUGCAGAGUCACAGCUGCAGUCUUUGCCACCAGCGGUGCAGAAGGCCAUCUUGUUACACCUGACACAGCAGCAGCAGGAAGCCCAGAGCAAAGAGCCACACAGAGCAGAUGGACAACCUGAUAAGAACGACAACAGAGAUGAAACAACAAACUGGUACUCAAGCGAUGAUGAGGAUGGGGCCUCUUGUGUCUCCUCCAUCCUGAAAUCUCUGAAGAAGCAGAAUGAGGUGCAGCAGAGUCAGUCCAAACCCCUCCAUCCUGCGUCGGCAACCCCAGCUCUGGGCGACCCCAGGCUCAUGAAGGAACGAGCCCCACCUAGCGACCCCAGGGUCAAGACUGACCCUAGACAGCGACUCCAGGAUCACAGUAAGGAGCUGGACGGAGCAGCGGAUCCAAGACUCCCCAGAGACCCCAGGAAGACGAGACCCGGCGAUGUUGGCCGCCAGCAGAGUCAUCCUGCUCCUCAAAAGGCUCCAACAGGAGAGGAGGAUGAGGAAGGAGAGCGGGAACUGAAGGACAGAGCGGUUCUGAUCCCUCUGGAGGCCAGCCCUGGCAUGGUGCUGCGGGACCCUCGCUGUCAGCUAAAGCAGUUCAGUCACAUUCGGGUCGACAUCCUGCUCCAGCGCCCCGCCUUUGCUCAGACUGUGGUGUGGGCGCCGGAGGACCUCAUCCCUUCACUUGUCCCCAAACAGGAGCACUCCAUCAACCUGCCCCUCCCCCCUCUGAUCGCCGACGCUCAGAUGAACAGAACCAACCAGCCCGACCAUUCGAUAGUCUCCAUCCCGCCGCCGUCCGACCCCAGACUAGCAGCCGCCCGUUUAAAGGAACGUUUGGGCCGGAUCCCCGGCGGAUCCCUGGAGACUCGAUCCUCCACAGAGAGGCCUGUAGAUCCGCGGCAACAGAAAUCUCUGGACCCCAGACUCAAGCGGAGAGGGAGUCUGGACUCCAAGGUGCUCGGUCAGAAGGAAUCCCCCUCAGCGGGAGGACUGGUGGACCCCAGGCUCCACAAGGCCGGCGCCAACUCGUCUCCCCCAGUUGCUCAAGGCAAGCCGGACCCUGAGAAACUGCCGCCGUAUGCCCCCCGGUUGGCUUCAUCCGACGGAGGGCUGGAGAGUCCCACCACGAUCCUCGGGGGCAUCAGCUUGUACGACCCCCGCUCUCAAACCGACCCGGCUCGCAGGGAGCCGCUCGAUCCUCCUAAAAAACCAGGGAUUCUGAAACAGUCAUCGAAAACGGAGAACUCUCUGGCACCAUCUCUCUCGCCAACCCAGCGAAGUGGGUCGUCUGAGGAGGUAAAAAGCACAGAGGUCGCCUCCCAACAGAUUCCUCCUGCUACUUCCUCCAACGGAGCUCCGCCUGCCUCACCAGUCAAACCCCCCGCGGUUCAUAACCUCCCCAUCCCAACGCUGGCCAGGCUGAUCCGGCCGCAGUACGCCGACCCCAGGCAGGCUAAACAAGGAGGACAGGGGACUGCAGGACCGCAGGAAGAGACAGAGGUCAGCAAGGACCAGGAGGGGAAAACGGAGGAGGACAAGGACAAGGAAGAGGAAGAAGUUAUGGAAGAAGAAGCAGAGCAGAAAGAUUCAGAUGAGACAGACGACAGGACACUGAAAGACGUGUUCAAGACUUUUGAUCCCACUGCUUCUCCUUUCUGUCAGUAGAUUCUUAGGCGUGGAAAUUUAAAGCAACAAGUAAAGCUGCAGGAUGUAACUAUUAUAAAAAUGGUCUUUUACAUAUUUAUUAAAACUAUCACCAUGUCAUGACAGUUU